AGCUUUAAAGGCUCAAACAGUAAAAGUGAACUGCAAAGCAUGAAAGGCAAAUAGAUUCUCUAGAGAACACAGAAAUAGAGAUCUAACAACAAUGGCAUGAGAGGAAAAAGCAAAGCAAGCAUAGUGAUGUUUCAGUAUCUUCCAAACAAAAUCAAACCCAGUUUUGAUAUUUGUUUUUUAUAUUUUACUUGGUAGUUUGUAGACUAAUUUGAAGGCAGAGUUUACUUUAUGAACAUGAUCGACUUGGGGUUCUUUUAACCAGGUUUUGGCUCACUGGUAUAGUUAGUGUGCAUCAUUGGUUCAAGUCAUGGAGACUUUGUCACACUCGGAUUCUAGGCGGAUGUACUCAUGGUGGUGGGAUAGCCACAUAAGCCCUAAAAACUCGAAAUGGCUUCAAGAGAAUCUUGCAGAUAUGGAUGUCAAAGUCAAAUCAAUGAUCAAGCUCAUUGAAGAAGAUGCUGAUUCCUUUGCCAAGAGGGCAGAGAUGUACUAUAAGAAGCGUCCAGAGCUUAUGAAAUUAGUUGAAGAGUUCUACCGAGCAUAUCGUGCAUUGGCUGAAAGAUAUGAUCAUGCAAAUGGGGUGCUCCAUCAGGCCCACCGGACUAUGGCAGAAGCAUUUCCAAAUGAAGUUCCCUUGGUACUUGUUGAUGAUGCACCUGCAAAUUCUGCUUCUGAGGUUGAUCUCCAUACACCUGAGAUGUCACCAUUUUUUGAGCUUGUCGAAUUACAAAAUGAUGCUUCAGGACUCUCUUCAUCUCCUUUCUAUGCUGUCAAGAGGAACGGGGUAUUCACAGAUGAGUCAGAUUCCGUAACAAAUAGAAAAGCCUUGAAACAACUCAAUGAUUCGUUCGAGUCUGGAGACCAUGCAAAAUCUGCAGAUGGAAGGGUAAUAAAGUUCCUAAAUUUUCAUGAUGCAGGGGAGAUGGAACAAAGUAUGCAAAGCAAUGAUAACAACAUUCAGCCUCGAGUUUUCUCUGCAUCUGAGUGGGUGGGUAAAUCCGAGAAGGAAAUUCUAAUCUUUAAAGAAACCCAUGCCAAAUUAGAAGCUGAAAAGGAAGCUGACCUAGUUCACUACCAACAGAGUUUGGAGAGAUUAUCCGAGCUGGAGUCAGAAGUCUCUCGUGCACAUGAGGGUUCCAGAGGACUUACUGAACGGGCAAGCAAAGCUGAAGAAGAAGUUGAAAAUUUGAAGGAAGCCAUAACCAAAUUAGAAGCUGAGAAGGAAGCUAACCUUCUUCAAUUCCAGCAUUGCUUGGAGAGGAUAUCCAAUUUAGAAAAGGUUCUCUCUCAUGCCAAUAAGGAUGUUGGGGAACUUAAUGAGCGAGCUAGUAAAGCUGAAACUGAAGUCCAAGCCCUAAAACAAGACCUUGCCACAAAAGAAUCUGAAAAGAAUGCUGUUCUUAAUCACAAUAAACAGUCUUCAGAGAUGAUUUUGAAUCUGAAGAACAAAUUACUACAUGCUGAAGAUGGUGUCAGAAAGAUUACUGAGCAAGCUGAUAAAGCCGAAAGUGAAGUCAAAACUCUGAAGCAAGCUCUUGCAGUAUUAACUAAGGAGAAGGAAGCUGCAGGUCUUCAGUACCAGCAGUGCUUGGAGACUAUUUCUAAGCUAGAGGAAAAAGUCUUUUGUGCCCAAAAAGAAGCCCAAAGGCUUAAUGGUGAGAUAGAUAAUGGAGCUGCAAAGUUAAAGGGUGCUGAAGCAGAGUGUCUUCUGCUGGAUAGAUCAAAUCAGUCUCUUAAAUGCGAGUUGGAAUCUCUGACAAUGAAGGUGGGUGCUCAAACUCAGGAACUUUCAGAUAAGCAGAAGGAAUUGGGGAGACUUUGGACGUGUGUACAAGAAGAGCGCUUGCGAUAUCUGGAGGCUGAAACUGCUUUCCAAACUUUGCAGCAUUUGCACUCUCAAGCUCAGGAGGAACUGACAUCUCUGGCUUUGGAGCUACAGAACAGGGCACAAAUUUUAAGGGACAUGGAAACUAGCAAUUUGAGAUUGCAAAAUGAAGUCCUGAAGGUGGAGGAGGAGAACAAGAGCCUUAAUGUGCUCAACUUAUCUGCAGCUGUGUCAACAAAAGAUAUGCAAGAUGAAAUCUUUAGUUUAAGGAAGACAAAAGGGAAAUUAGAAGAAGAGGUUGAACUCCGGGUGGACGAAAGAAAUGCUCUUCAGCAAGAACUUUACUGUCUGAAAGAAGAGCUGAAUGGCUUAAACAAGAAGCACCAGACUGUGUUGGAGCAUGUAGAUGAUAAAGCCAUGGAUUCUGAAUUUGAAAUCUUUGUCUUGCAGAGAUUUGUGCAAGAUAUGGAAGAAAAGAACUUCUCUCUGCUGAUUGAGUGUCAGAAACUCUUGGAGGCAUCCAAAAUGUCAAGAAAACUGAUUUCUGAACUAGAGCUUGAGAAUCUCGAAAAAAGGAUUGAAGUAGAAUCCUUGUUUGAUCAAACCAAUAAAUUGAGGAAGGGGAUGUAUCAGAUGUUGAAGGCUCUCGACAUUGAUCUAGACCGUGGGUGUGAAGAUAAGGUUGAGCAAGACCAAAAAUAUCUACACUAUAUGAUAUGCAAACUUGAAGAUACAAAGAAUUCUGUCUGUAUAACUCAGGAUGAAAAUCAACAGCUUGCGGUUGAGAUGUCAGUUCUUGUCACACUUCUUGGGCAACUGAGAGUAGAUGCGGAAAAUAUUCAGUUGGAAAGAAACGUUCUUAACCAGGAGUUAAGUAUCAAGACUGAGCAGUUACCACUUUUUCAGAGUGAGUCCCAUAAACUUCUUGGGAUGAGUGAAGAUUUCAGAUUAAAAGUGAGGGAGGGAGACCAAAAGGAGGAGGCACUAACAACACAGAUAGAGAAUCUACAUAGGAAAUUGUUGGAUAUGCAGGUAGUUCACGAGACUUCACAAAAAGAACAUUCAAAGGUGCUUGAAGAAAAAAGAUCCUUGAUGAAGGAGUUCUUGAACUUGGAGGAAAAGAAUCACACCUUAGAAGAGGAGAACUGUUCAAUCUUAAGUGAAACAUUUUCUCUGAAUAACCUCUUUCUGAUUUUCGAGAACUUGGUUGAUAAGAAAUCUGUGGAACUGACAGAGGUUGGCAAAGUUCUAGACAAACUUCAAGGUGUCAAUGGUUCCCUUGAGAAGUUGAGAACCAUGGGAGGAAGGUUAGAAGAGGUGCAAAUGGAAAAUUCUCAUCUGAAGGAGACACUGCAGAAGUCAGAGGAUGAGCUAAAAUUGGUUGCAUUUGCUUGUGAUCAGUUGACUUAUGAAAUUGAAAAUGGGAAGGAUCUGCUGCAUCAGAAGGAAAAAGAACUUUCAGAAUCAGAACAGAAGUUCCGUGUCGUAAAGAAUGAGUUGUUACAAAUGCAUAAAGUAGUGGAGGAUCUGAAGAGUGAAUAUAUUGGGGUUAAGAUGAUAAGAGAAGACCAAGAAAAGCAAAUUUUCAAACUGUCUGAAGAGAACAAUCAUUUGAGCAAGGAGAAUUUGUACCUUUAUGGAGCAUAUCAGACAAUGGAGGUUGAACUGCACCAAUUGCGCGAAGAAAAUGAAAAAAGUAAACAAAGAGAGGAAAGUUUGUGCUCUGAACUGCAAAAGGAAAAAAAUGAGAUUAUCCUGUGGGAGACAAAGUGUGUAGCAUUCUAUAGUGAACUGCAGUACUCCACUCUAUGUCAAGUUGUGUUCAAAGACAAGGUUCAUGAGCUUACUGAAGCAUAUGAGAGCCUUAACAAUCAAAGCAUUUCCAAAGAUAUGGAUAUUGAACUGCUGAAAGAAAGGGUUAGUGCUUUGGAAGGUGAAAAUGGAGGACUCAAAGCUCAGUUGGCAGCAUAUGUCCCAGCCGUCACUUCUUUGAGGAGUUGCAUAUCAUCCCUGGAGUAUCGUUUGCAUGCAAAGCUACAAAAAACUGACAAUGCAGAAGCAAAGGAUGCUGAAUUGCUGAGUUAUCUACAUGUUGAAAGCUGUCUGGAUGAAGAUCAAACUGUUGCAUUGCCAGAUACAUUUUCAGACUUCCAGUAUUUGCAAAAUAGAGUAAAAGUCAUCGAAUUGGCAGUAAUUGAGAUGGAGAAGCUUGCAAUGCAGGACAACUUGAAUGUAAAUGCCAGACGAAAAUCCAGAAGUAGCUCACGACGAGAAAAUGCUAAAUCACUGUUUAAAAUCUCGGAAGCACAGAAUGGACUUGUGACGAAAGACAUUCUGCUUGAUCAAAUAUCUGAAUAUCCGUCCUAUGGGCUGAGCAGGACAGAACUUUUUGAGGCUGAUAAUCAGAUGCUUGAAUUAUGGGAAACUGCCAAUACUGGUGGUAGCAUCGAUCUUACUGUUAGCCAGGCAAAGAAGGUAGUAAGUCCACCUACUGAGAAUGAUAUCGAGUACCAUCAGCUUGAAUCGGUAAGGGGAAAGAGUGCAUAUCCCACUUCAGAAAUGCUGGUCGAAGAAGAGAUGAGUGUGGACAAAUUAGAGAUAUCUCCGAGAUCCACAGAGCCCCAUAAGAAAGGCAACAAGAGGAAAAUCUUGGAAAAACUUCAUUCUGAUUUCCAGAAAUUGAUAAACCUUCAAAUUACCGUGCAAGAUUUGAAGAGGAACAUGGAGAUUUCUGAGAAAAGCAAAAAGGGAAAAGUUGUUGAAUGUGAUGAUGUGAAGGGGCAGCUGGUAGAAGCUGAGGAGGCCAUCCUGAAGUUGUUUGAUCUCAAUGGUAAGUUGAUGAAGACUAUUGAAGAUGGUACCAUGUCCUCUGAUGGGAAAUCCGAAAUGGAGUCAGAAGUGAGUGGGAGUAUUAUUAGAAGAAAGAGAAUUCUGCAACAGGCACGAAGAGCAUCAGAGAAAAUCGGACGUUUGCAGUUGGAGUUACAGAAAAUACAGUUUGUCUUGCUGCGAGUUGAUGACGAAAAAGAAAGCAGAGGAAGAACUAGAAUUCCAGAAAUAAAAAGACGAAUUGUCCUACGAGACUAUCUCUACAGUGCAACAGCAAGAAGUAGCUACAGGCGAAAGAAAGCACCAUUCUGUGGAUGCGUCCAGCCUCCAACAAAGUGAAACUACGAUAUUAGUGAAAGUUCGUCAUUGUGUAUAAUAUUUUCCUUCCUAUAGACACUCAUGGACUUGCAUGUAUUCCCUUGGAUCAACUAGAAGAAGAGUAAAUUGUCUUCUUUAGUUUAGAGGAACGGUUGUACAUGUCAAGCCCCAUCUAGUCUAAAGACGCUCCUCCCAGUAGGAGCUCUUUUUUCCUUUAGUUUUCACCUUUUAAUAAUUCAAAUGUCACUGAGAAGAAAACUAUUUCUCUAUGCUUAAUCAGUUUUUUUCUUCCUUGCUGACAAA